AGGAGCGACGGCUGGAGGUCCAGGUGGUCGAGCCUGCGUAAAAACGCACCAAACGCACGCCAAACACUUACGAAAUAGUGAGCGUCUAAAAAACAAAAGAAAACACACAGCUCGACUCUAUCAGCUCCUGGCACCUCUCUGAAUGAAUAAGCUGUUUAUCAGUGAAAGCCCCCUGGAGUUGCUGCUGCAGAAACAACCAAGAGAGGAACACGUCUUGUCGCUACGAUCUCUCCAGAAAACGGACGGUUCUGGGUUAAUUUUGUUUUUUUCUUUGGUCUAAGGGCAACUCUGUCAAAAGUUCAAGACGGCUUGUUUCUGCGACAAGUGGAGAUAUGUUCAAGAAAAGCAAGAGUAAAGUGCUGGUGGAUUACGCGUCAGAGGAAGACGACAUGUCCUGGCACUAUCAUCACUCCUACAAGGACAAAGACAUAGAAGGAGAGGAAGAGGAGGAGGAAGCUGUCACUGGAGUAUCCAAGGAGGCCAAGGUGAAGAAGAUCAUGUCCAAGAAAGAGUGGAAGGAGAAGAAAAUGUUUUCCUCUAAAGAUGACGAACACUUCUUGUUGACUGGAGUGAAGUUGGCUGAUCGCAGCAGCACUCACAAGAAAAUCAAAGAUGAUGAGAAAGAGAAGGAAAAGAAGGACAAGCCGGAGAAGGGCCACUGUUUCUGGGAGAGCGUUACGAUGACAAUGAGGCAGAUCUCACCGGCCAAAAAGUUGGAGAAAACGGAGGGUUGGGAACCACCUCGCCCAGAGAACUUAACUGAGACUGGGACUAAUGAAGUCCCAGAGGACAAGAGCCUCAAAGAGGACUGGCCAGUGACCCUCCACGACUCUCUAGACCUCCCGUUGGAAUUGGCCUCCUGGGCGGGCCGGGGUCUUGAGGAGGACUCCUCUCGCUAUGCUAACCUGUCAGACUCCAAGGAUGCAACAUCCGCCGUCAGGUGGACAGCCCGCGCCAAAGUCAAGUUGGCCGGCAUCACCCGAAUGAGCAGAGGGAUUGUGUCAGAGAGCACAUGGGAGGGGUUUAAAUAGCAGUCACCCGUCCCUCCUCAUCCAUGUACCAUCAAAAAAGAGGAUGAAGAACCAAAUAUCUGCUUGUCUCUAGACUAGAUUUGAAUGAAAGGUAUUGAGUGAGAUGCUGUAGUCAAACCCCUGAACAUAACACAUGAAGUUUGUCCUUAAUAUUUUAGCUUGAAGCCCUAUAAGACAAUACAUUUCAGUUUUGUCAAUGACCUUAUUUUGGCAGGACUGACACUUUUGAAUCAUUGACAUAAAAUGUACAUUACAACAAAUAAAAGCCUUAAACUACUGUACCAUUUAAACUUUGAUAUACACUGGCCUGGCAUUUAGAUUUAAAUGCAAAAGAGAAAUGCAAAGAGUGAUUUUCAUAUAAUUGUUGUGACUGUUAAUAGAAGAUAAUCAAUGAAGAAUAUGCAAACCUACUGAAGAUGUUAUGGACUUAAAAAUGUGCAAUUAUGUGUGUGUGUGUGUGUGUGUGUGUGUGUGUGUGAAAGGGAGGUAAAGAAAAUGAGGAUAGAAGGUGAGUUUGUGGAUUUGAAGAGCUGUUGUUUUAACAGGAUUAGGUGGCCAUUCUGAAUAAUAUUUAUAAAAACUUGUAAUGUUGAAAAGAUAAAAAAAAAAAACAAACUGUUACUCGUUUCUCAAGAAAACCAACGACUC